CUACCUCUGCCGGAAGUUGUUUCUGUCAGUUGCGCAGCUGUGUCCCGCAGGGCUCGGUGGGAAGCGGUGUCCCGUCCCUUGCUCUUCGUUGUUGGGAUUCAGUCCAUUUUGGAGAGUCUCCGGGGCAGCCGUCACCAUGUCGGUCCCAAGCGCACUCAUGAAGCAGCCGCCCAUUCAGUCUACGGCUGGGGCCGUCCCAGUUCGCAACGAGAAAGGUGAGAUUUCAAUGGAAAAGGUGAAGGUCAAACGGUAUGUGUCCGGAAAGAGGCCAGAUUAUGCCCCCAUGGAGUCCUCAGAUGAAGAGGAUGAAGAAUUCCAGUUCAUUAAGAAAGCCAAGGAACAAGAAGCAGAGCCUGAGGAACAGGAGGAGGAGUCAUCCAGUGACCCCCGGCUUCGACGUUUACAGAACCGCAUUAGUGAGGAUGUGGAGGAGAGAUUGGCUCGACACAGAAAAAUAGUGGAACCUGAAGUAGUAGGAGAAAGUGACUCAGAAGUAGAAGGAGAUGCUUGGCGCAUGGACCGAGAGGAUAGCAGUGAGGAAGAGGAGGAAGAAAUUGACGAUGAAGAAAUAGAGCGUCGUCGUGGCAUGAUGCGCCAGCGAGCACAGGAGAGAAAAAAUGAAGAGAUGGAGGUCAUGGAGCUGGAAGACGAAGGACGCUCUGGGGAGGAGUCUGAGUCAGAGUCAGAGUACGAGGAGUACACAGACAGUGAAGAUGAAAUGGAGCCUCGACUUAAGCCUGUCUUCAUUCGGAAGAAGGACCGGGUGACAGUUCAAGAACGAGAAGCAGAGGCCCUGAAACAGAAGGAACUGGAACAGGAGGCAAAGCGCAUGGCUGAGGAGCGGCGCAAGUACACCCUCAAGAUUGUAGAAGAAGAAACCAAGAAAGAGCUGGAGGAGAACAAGCGGUCUCUUGCCGCCCUGGACGCGCUCAAUACGGAUGAUGAAAAUGAUGAGGAGGAGUAUGAGGCAUGGAAGGUCCGCGAGCUCAAAAGAAUCAAGCGGGAAAGAGAGGACCGAGAAGCGCUUGAAAAGGAGAAAGCAGAAAUUGAACGCAUGAGAAACCUGACUGAGGAAGAAAGGCGGGCUGAACUUCGGGCAAAUGGCAAAGUCAUUACCAACAAAGCUGUGAAAGGCAAAUACAAGUUUUUACAAAAGUAUUAUCACCGAGGUGCCUUCUUCAUGGAUGAGGAUGAAGAAGUCUACAAGAGAGACUUUAGCGCACCUACUCUUGAGGACCACUUCAACAAAACCAUUCUUCCAAAAGUCAUGCAGGUCAAGAAUUUUGGACGGUCUGGUCGCACCAAGUACACCCACCUUGUCGAUCAAGAUACCACUUCCUUUGACUCUGCCUGGGGCCAAGAGAGUGCCCAGAACACAAAAUUCUUUAAACAAAAGGCAGCGGGGGUACGAGAUGUAUUUGAGCGACCAUCUGCCAAGAAGAGGAAAACCACCUAGGCUUCAACUGUUUAUUCCAGCUGUGGGACACACGGGGAUCUGGCCCUCAAUUUUCUUGAACAUACUUCUUGUAUAGAGCUUUCCAGACUUGCCGCCAUUACUUGUGUUUGAAGGUGCUUUGUAAGAGGUUUGGACUCAUAACGAGAAACCCCAGAAAAGCACUAACCAGGCAGGGUUAGAGGCUUCCCACUUAAAACUAUUCCUGAGAAAUCUUAGGUUUUUCUCCCUUGGCUUCCCAUAUUGAUUUGGGACUCUUCUGAGUUUCUUUUUCCAGCCUGGAUCAGAUACCCAGACAUGUGAAUGGAUGGCUCAUGAUUUCUUCCUUAGAGUUAGGAAUAGGCUACCAGGAAAUCCAAGCUCAGUCCAACCUGUUUUUACAUUUGUGGUGUUGAAUCUACUUUUCUAAGUAAAUAUACUUUUAGAUCUGUGUGUGUGUGUGUGUGUGUGUGUGUGUGUGUGUGUGUGUGUGUGUGUUUUAAGAGAAAGAAACCACAUAACAAAUAUCGUUACUAUAAUAUUAGGAAAAAACUUGUAUAAAUCACUGAAUAGAGGCUGAGUACAGUGGCACAUGCCUUCAGUCCCUACACUAAAAGCCAGGGUCCCGUGGAGAUCUCUCAUUUCAGGCCAGCCAUAACUACACAGUGGGCCCUGUCUCAAAAAGGAAAAGUUGUAGUAACUAAAAGUCUAGCCCAGUAGAUUACACACACCUGUAAUCCCAGCACUUGGGAGGAAGAAACAGGAAAAUCAAGAGCACAGUCAUCCAAACUAGACAUGGUGGCACCCACCUUUAAUCCCAGCACCAGGGAGGUAGAGAUAGGCAGAUCUGAGUUCAAGGCCAGCCUGGUCCACAGAGCAAGGGACAACCAGGGCUACACAGAGAAACCUUGUCUCAAAAAAUAAA